AUGGAGGCCUACGAGCAGGUCCAAAGGGGGCCCCUGAAGCUGAAAGGCGUCGCAGAGCUCGGAGUGACCAAGCGGAAGAAGAAAAAGAAAGACAAAGACAAGGCGAAACUCCUGGAAGCGAUGGGAACGAGCAAAAAGAACGAGGAGGAGAAGCGGCGCGGACUGGACAAGCGGACACCGGCCCAAGCGGCAUUCGAGAAGAUGCAGGAGAAGCGGCAAAUGGAAAGGAUCCUGAAGAAAGCAUCCAAAACCCACAAGCAGAGAGUAGAGGACUUCAACAGACACCUGGACACGCUCACAGAGCACUAUGACAUUCCCAAAGUCAGCUGGACCAAGUAG